GGCAGAGGUCACAGAAUGAUGGCACAGCUGGCAACUUAAUUAACUUCAGUCAAAUCACAUACAGUGCUCUUGAAUGGAGGUGAAGCUGCCUUCUGAAUAAUUUUUCAGAUUCAGAAAUUAAGCAAGAAUAUCCUUAAGAUGUUUCUUCGUGCAUCUAAGAAGGCAUUCUUCAUUCCACAAGGAAGCAAUGACUUCAGUAAGCUGGUGAGAUGCAUGCAAAAUGGUCCACCAAAGCAAAAGGAAAACCAGAAAGCAGAAGAACCAAAUGUUCCCUCAGCUGCUGAUGUCGUCAUAAUAGGUGGAGGCUCUGCUGGAUGCAACCUACUUUAUCAGCUAGCAAAACGGGGAGUUGACACAGUGCUACUAGAACGCUCCAAAGUCACCUCUGGGACAACAUGGCAUUCAGCUGGUCUUGUUUGGAGCUUGCGUCCUAAUGAUGUUGAAAUUCAACUCUUGGCAGCAACUCGAAAUUUGCUUGCAAAACUGGAAAUAGAGACUGGAUUUAAUCCUGGCUGGAUAAAUAAUGGUGGACUUUACAUAGCUCACAACAAGGAAAGACUGGAGGAAUAUAGACGUUUAGCUACAGUAGGCCACAGCUUUGGCAUUGAGUCCAGUAUACUGUCUGCAGAAGAAACAAAAAAGAUUUUUCCUCUGAUAAAUGAGAAGGUAGUACAUGGAAGUCUAUACUCUCCUGGUGAUGGGACUGUUGACCCGUCUAUGCUUUGUACAGCCCUUACGCGAACUGCUGUACAAGCAGGUGCUAAGCUUAUAGAAAAUUGUCCUGUAACUAAAAUAUUGAGAGGGAAAAAUAACUUUGGAUCUAAAAAAGUUUCUGGAGUCAUCACACCAUAUGGGACAAUCAGAACUGACUGUGUGGUGAAUUGCAGUGGUGUUUGGUCACGAGAAAUUGCAUCUCUUGUUAAUCUACCAAUUCCACUGCUGCCAAUGAAACAUGCUUAUGUAGUAUCAGAGGGAAUAGAUGGUGUGAAGGGACUACCAAAUGUUCGAGAUCAUGAUGGUUCUAUAUACUUUCGCAUACAAGGAAGUUCUCUCUGUAUGGGUGGUUAUGAAUCAAACCCUGUCAUGUUGGACAAGGUAAAAGAAGAUUUUGAAUUUUCUUUAUAUGAGUUGGACUGGACAGUAUUCAGCUCUCAUGUAAGGGAAGCUGUUAACCUUGUACCUGUGUUUGAAACAGCUGGUAUUAAGAGUACCGUAUGUGGCCCAGAAAGCUUUACUCCUGAUCAUAAGCCAUUACUAGGUGAGGAUCCAAGGUUGCUGGGAUUUUACCAUAACUGUGGCUACAACUCAGCUGGAAUGAUGUUUGGAGGUGGUUGUGGAGAACAAAUGGCUCAGUGGAUUAUUAAUGGACGACCAGAGCUGCAUAUGUUCAGCUAUGACAUAAGACGCUUUCGAUCUGACCAGACUAAAGAUCAAGAAUGGAUAAGGGAAAGAAGUCAUGAGAGCUAUGUAAUGAAUUACAGUAUUGUAUUUCCAAAUGAUCAGCCUUUAGGUGGUAGGAACUUCCGAAAAGGCCCAUUGCAUGAUGAAUUGCUUAAUGCAGGUGUUGUUUAUGAGGAGAAACAAGGAUGGGAGAGACCGGGGUACUUUUUGCAGAGUGGUGUAGCUCCUGUUCAGAAGUAUGAUUGGUUUGGCUCCUAUGGAUCAUCUAGAAAUCCAGAGACUCCUUAUGAAAGUCUGUUGCAAGGGGAUAGAACAUUUGGAUUCUCAAAGCACCAUCAUGCAAUUGGAGAGGAGUGCCUUGCAUGUAGGGAAGAUGUAGCUCUAUUUGACAUGUCAUACCUGGGUAAGCUUUAUCUGAGUGGUCCUGAUGCCCAGCUGGCUGCUGAUUGGUUAUUUUCUGCUGAUACCAGAAAGGAAGUAGGCCAGUCAGUGUUCACCUGUCUCCUUAAUCCUCACGGUGGAGUGGAGGCUGAUGUCACUGUUAGUGCCAUUGAAACAGGAACUGGAGGUCAAGCAGACCCUAUUUUGAAGGGUAGAGGGUUCUACAUUAUUAGUGGAGGAGUCUCAGCAUACCAUACAUGGGCUCACAUGAAUUCAAUUAUCAGCCUGAAGAAUUUCAAGGUAGCUCUCACUGAUCAUACAGACAAAAUGGGAGUACUUUCUGUACAAGGACCAAACAGUCGAGAACUGUUGCAGUGUAUUACCAACACUGACCUAUCAGACUCUGCAUUUCCUUACUCAACAACACAGCUGAUUCGGCUGGCAGGACAUCUUUGUCGAGCAUUCAGGAUUAGCUAUGUAGGUGAACUAGGCUGGGAAAUUCACAUACCGUGGGAAUCUUGUUUACCAAUUUAUAAAGCUAUUACAGAACAAGGAAAGAAGUAUGGUCUGCGACUGGCUGGAUUUAGGGCACUCAACUCCCUUGGCUGUGAAACUGGUUACCAUUUAUGGAAUUAUGACUUAAGGUCUGAUGACCUGCCUAUUGAAUGUGGAUUAGAUGAGACAUGCAGAGAUGAAGGAGAAUAUGUUGGUAAGGCUGCCCUUGAAGUGGAGAAGCGAAAAGGUUUAAGAAGACGAUUAACAUUUUUUCAACUGCAAGAGCAAAUUCCUGUGUGGGGACUUGAAACAGUAUGGAGAGAUGGCCAAGUAGUGGGUUAUCUUAGGAGAGGAGACUAUGGAUAUGCUCUAGGAGCAAGUAUUGGACAAGGCUAUGUGAGGCAUCCAGAUGGUCGCAAAAUUACUACAGAUUUUCUUCUAAAUGGUUUAUAUCAGAUUGAAAUAAUGGGGAAUCGAUACGAUGCUGUUCCAUACAUAAAAAGCCCAUUUGACCCAGAGGGGAAAAGACUUCAAGGAAUUUAUGAUGAGCCAUUACCAAUAAGGCAAUAGCAUUAAGAAUAUUUAUGUACAAAUAAACUGAGAGGAACGAAAAGCACAGUCUCAAAAUGUAUUAUGUAAAGUAAAAUAUAUGGUUGCCUUGGUUAGUUAAAAUUAGAAGCACUUUGUGGCAAAAUGUACUGUACAGUACAAUUAUAUGUUUUUGGAACUUUCCAGUUGUCAACAUAGUAUGUGAAGUAAAAGAAAAAGAAUGUUCUUGGUGCCAGAACAGGAACUGACAUAUUUUUCAUCAAGUUUUUGGUAACUCUACAGGAAAAGUUCAGUGUCUGUCAAUGGUUUAUUGUGCAUUUCCCUUUACCACUCUUUCAGUUAAUAACAAUAUCGGGCUUCAUAUCAUUUUAUGUUAGUAACAAAGUGGAUAUAAAUGUCAACAAUAUAGUUCAAAUCCACGUAAAUUAAAAUGAAAUGGACUACAGAUAAUAAUAUUUAUGUAAAUACAGUACCAAAAAUAUUAUAACCAAUUAUAAAUAGCAAUUAGUGAAACUUAUGAAGGAUGUGGAAACAAUGACUCAGAAGACUGCAUUAUGGAAGGUAUUGGCAAAUGAAAAUGAGGGUGAUUAAAAGCAUUUCACUACUCAGAGACUAUAUUGCCAGAGAAGGAAAUCAAAACAGAUAGUCAAUGGGGCAUCUUGAUAAAUAAAUGUAAGUCAAAUAAUAAUAGACAUGAAGAAAAACACAAGCAAUGAUCAAUUAAACAGUGGACCAGCAUUUAAGCUUAUAUGUAUUACCGGUGCAGAUUUAUAUAUAUAUAUUUUUUUUGGGGGGGGGGGGGGGGCGGGGGAGGGGUCCUGUUGUAGAAGAAAGCAGGUAGUGGCAUAAAGAACGACGUAAAUUAAAGGAAAUAUACGCAAAUGGAUUUCCUUAAAUCCCAGUAUUGUGAUAGUACAGAAUCCAGCAAUCAAAUGACCUGUCAACCAGUAAUUUUAUUGUUAUAGUAUUCCAUAAUGUCAACCUCAAACAGGAAUUAUUGUUAAUCAAAUGCUUGUUUUGAAACACUUUUAUGAGAUUCCAUAUAGCACUGCACACACUUACCAGAUAUGUGGUAUAUAUCCAUACGUUGGCUUCCUAGAAGCCAUGUCAUAUGUCACUUUACGCUAUCAGCCAUUUCCUCCACAUUGUUUAGAUCCAAGUAGGCCCUACUGUUUAGCUGAUGAUUAGUAUGUACAGUUUUACAACAAUGAGUAACUAAAUCAAGACACAUUGAUUUGGGGCAUAGUAUUCUGACGCAACAAUCCUCAGCUAUAAACAGUGGAGAUCCAUGCAUAACAUCAUUUGAUAACAUGAAGACAUAUCUGCUGAUGAUGCUCAUCUAAUUUCUCUGCUAUUCCAGCUCAUAUUUUCUUAUGAUAACUACUUUCGUAUUGGUUCUGUGGCAUACUUCUUACACUGUAUUAAUGAUGCUCUUUAGUUUUAAUUCUGUUCUCAUGCAAUGCACCAUUCAUAUAUAUUUUCUUACCAUACUUCACAUAUUUCUGUUUUGACGCAGAAUGCCUGAAGACUUUUCUAGUUUUAAAAUUCUUCUCAAUACUGAUUUCCUGAUUCCCACACACUUCCUUAAAAUGACAUUUAAGUUAUCAGAUCACUAUAUUCCAUACUACAGUUGACGUGUAAUUCUUAACAGGGACAUCAUACUUUCAUUUUAUAGAUGCAGUGCUUUAUUUAUUUUUGACAUAUUGAGCAACAUUAAUUCUGUACAUAGAAGUCUAGGGUUGCUGUAGACCUGGAAACCAGGAAAUAGAAUAACAUGUGUUUAGUGUAAGAGUUUAUUUUGGGCAGAGUAAUUCAUACCCUUUUGAAUACAAUGAUUUCAAUGUCAGUAUAAUGCUUUAAAAUUGAGAACAGCAGUAUUAAUUUUAUAUUUGUAUAAUACUAGUGCCACGUGACAUACUUCACAUUGAGAACAUUGAAAUGUUAAGUUUUCUAUUUUUAAUUUUUACUAUUUUCAAUCCUGCCAUUACUCAUUACAUAUAUCUGUGAGGCUCUCAGAACUAUCAAAAUGCAGUAAUACCAUUUGGUAAGACACCAUGUUCUAUCCUCAGAUUUAAUUUAUUUCUCUGGCAGCAGGAACUUCUGUGAUUAAAUGGGAUAUGAAAUACAGUAUUUCUGUGACUAAUGAAGUUAUGUUUUUAUAAACAGUGUAUCAUUCACCCUUUCAGCUAAAUAGAUUUCUGUACUUGAUGGUUUAUUGAUAGCCAGAAUAUAACAUAAUUUUACAUAAAAAUAUGGAGCUAGCAACAUAAAUAUGUUUAAAUUAUAUCAAGCAACUAGUAGUAAAAUAUGUUGUCUAUGUUAAACAAGUAAUCAGUGCCACACAGAAUAACAGAUGUUACUAAAUAUACAAAUGACAGAAACACCAGAGGCUAUGAUAAUAUACAAAAUUCAUACAAUGAAAUAAGCAAGUACAUAAAUAUCUAUAAAUAUGUAACUAUUACUGAAUAGGCAGUCCUAUUUAUAUUGUGCCAUAGACUAGAAUCAAAGGAUAAAAGUUAUUCUCCCAACUCUGAUUAUCUACACCCUACACAAGGAUGGCAGCUGUAUUCUUCUGGCAGGAACACCAAUAACAACAUAUCUUGCACAUUUACUGACCCUCCAAUUGCAUUCCUUGGUAGCCGUAGUCUUCUUAAAGUUAAUUCAUCAGUUAGAAUGAUCUUUAACACUAGAAGGACCAGGGAUUCCAAUCCACCUGGAAGAACCAACCCGUCAUUUUGACAGAUACAGUUUCAUUUGCCGUUUUUAAAAAAGUAAACACAUUUUAACAUAUAUGAAUUUAUUUCAGACAAGUUGCACAAUUUACCAGGAUACAGUUUUACGUUUUUCUGUAGAAUUAUAUGGUACAAUGAACAUUUUAUACUUAAAAAUUAAUCAAAACAUUAUGUAACAAAAUGUGGAAUGGAUAACUUUCUGUAGAAAAGAAAACAAUGUGUUUUAACACAAAUAACAGAAAAGCACACCAUAUUCUAGAGAAAACAUUUAUAACCCUGCUUUUACUCAUUCAAAACCACCUACUGUGUUGUGACACCUCACACAGGUGUAAUUCAGCAUUGCCUAAACACGGUCCACAAACAUACUUGCCACACUUUAUGCAUAAAUGCUUGCUUCUAUUUUUGCCUCUACACCCUCCAAUUUGGCAAGUCUUCUGAAUGUUACAAUGUUGUGAUACUGUAUUAGGAAGAGUAUUUUGUAGCCUUGUGGCCUUAUAUGCUGAAGCCAGCUCCUCUGCCAGUUUGUAUAUAGACUGAUGUCUGCUUAAUUUUUCUCCUGUUACUUCCUUAUAGACUACCCAAGCAUUAUAGCUGCUAAAACCAAGACAUUGAAAAAAGCAUGCUUGGGGCAUCUGUGGCAUCCAUAUUUCACAACAUGAAGCUGAGCCAUUUGAUUGAUUACAUGAAUGCCAUACUUGAUAUCAUUGUAGUAGGCCACUGACUCUAGUAGCUUUUUAGGGUAUCAUUCAUUGAUACUUACUGUGUCAUGCAUUGAACUCAAAUAAGCACAUUUCUGUUCAUUUUCCGCUGAUAGCAUGUUAGUCAUGUCAUCUGACUUAUAAAGAAUAGUUGUGGGCAAAGGUGCUACAACAGAUUUUGCUGAUCUAUGUAUUUCCCUUCUAGAUUUCUUCACUGUGCCUAAAAUGCUUGUACUCUUAUAUUUUAAAUAUUUUGCAAGGCAUUUCAUCAUGAAAAAAUUGUUGCAAGUUAUCUUUCUUCCUGCAAAAACAAAGGGCUGCAUAAGACACAAUACAAUAUGCUCUGCAAGGGGAACACUUGUGGGAUGCAGCUCAUCUUUGCCUACAUAAGGAAACCCUUUCACUAGAUACUUAGAAUUCGUAUCAAUUGGAAGACAAAACUUUACUCCAAAUUUGUCUGGUUUAUUGAUCAUGUAUUGAAUGAUAGAGCAUCUAGCCUUGCACGGAAGCAGUUGCUCAUCCACAGUUAUAUUUUCAUCUGUAAUAUAGCACAGUAAGGAAUUGGCAAUGAAAGGAUUCCACACAUGGGUGGCAGGUGCAAAACGAUCUGUCUUUAGUCUAUGUGAACACGUGCUCUUUUCAUCAAAUCACAUAAACCACAAAAUUUUUGUGAACUAAUUUCUGCUCAUUGUGUUUUGAAAAAAUGAUAGUCCCCAUGUACUCAAGCAUAACACCUUCAAAGGAAACUUUUUUGCUCCAUAUAUGCCUCAUAAAUACAUGAGUGAUAUUGUGGCUUCUAUUGCAUCGACACUAAUGAUCCAAUCAUCAUCAUGUAGGUCUUGGCAUGCUCUAUUUUCUGUACACGUCUUUAUAUUUUGAAGCACGCUGUCAUCAAUUAGUAAUCUCCAUGCAAUAGAAUAUACAUCUUUCCUGGGGUAAUUAUCAGGUUCUGAGUGUAGCAUUUCCUUCAACAAGUUUUUGUGUGUAUAUUUCUCAUUCAUUUUAAACCAUUCCCUGGGCCAGUAUUUCUUCAUCUUCUUUUUCUUCUUGUUUAAACAGAGUGCCAGAGUCAGUGUUACAAAUGCUUUAUUGACAUUUUCAGUCAUUCCCGGUAGUGUUAAAUACAGCAUACAACAACUACAUGUGCUUCAAAAGUGAGGUUAAAUUGACAAACUUUGUUGGAACAUGUAUGGGCUUCUUUGACAAAUCCAUGGAUAGCCAAGAUUGAAUUUUACAUCAUUUAUCAGGACCUUUAGCAUAUAUCCCCCAACAAACUUUCACCAGCUCAUCAGGUGGUAACUGACCGAGAGCUUCUUGCAGUGUAGAAAGCAGUAAAAUCCUUUUGCAGCAACCUUGAGACAGAGAUUUUCACCAUCUUCACUAAUCAUUGCUCAAUUGUCUCUGCCUUCCAAAACAUUAAUCAGCAAAGCCCACCUCACCACAUAAGACACCUAGAAUAUGUAGGACACUUUAGCAUGGACAACUGCCAUAUAAAUGGCUUUAAAAAUAUUGUCACAGAUUGUGUCUGAUGAGCAUGCAAUGCAGUUAGUGGAGUGUCUUGGCCAUUGUGAAUGGCCAGUCACUGAUCUAGAGUUAUAAAUGUUAUUAUGCACUGGUGGCUCCAGUUACAAAUUAAAGGAGAUCUUUGUCCCAGCACUGCAAUUCACCUUACAGUACAACACUACCAGAGGUCAACAAUGCCCAUAUAUCAUCAUGGCACACCGCAAAACUUUAUUCCAAGCUAUUCAUGGUGUGUCCCAACAUGACAUUCAUGGUUCCAUGCACAGUGUGCCUUGAUGCUUUGCUGACAAACAGUGCUGUCGGCUGGAAAGAACUUGUUUAUGUUGCCAACAAAAGAAAGUGGGUCAUUGCACGUCAACAAAAAUAAAUUGUCCUACCCACUGGCCUGCAGCUAUGCCGAUCACCCAUAUAUUAGCAGAAACAAUGACUAAAUAAUUCAUUUGCACAUGGAUCACCAGAUUCAGAGUUCUGACCACAGUGACCAUAGAUCACAGUUAACAAUCUGCCUGUUUGCUAUUUAUCAAGCUCAGAGAUCUAUGUGGCAUCUUCCACCUCAAAAUUAAAAGCUACCAUCCCACAAGUAACAGGGUGGUAGUAAAUCUGCACAGAACACUCAGAUCAGUGCUCAAGUGCCAUGAAAGUACUUGAACUGAUGCAUUUCCUGUAGUAUUACUGGGUUUAAGGAUGUCUGCAAAAACAGAUACUGCUCUGGGCAGAAUCAGUCUACGGACAACAAAUUUGCAUUCCUGCCGACCUAACAGAGAGCCAAGAAAUAAUGAAACACUCCAGCAACAUCCUAUAAGAGUUCACACAAACACUGGAGCACACAACGCAGUGACUAAUUCUGGCAGCACCAGCCCCUCAUGGCCUCAAUCAAAUAUUUUUUUCAAAAGAAUCUCCAGUGCAUACAUUCUAGAUGAAGAGCCUUCCCAGAAGCCACACACAGCUCCCUCAAUUUCCACCUCACUGGGUGAGCAACUCUUGCACAACAAUAUCCAUACAACUUCAUCAAAUCAAGACGCAUAUUAUCCAAUUACAUCAGCAGCACCUGUGGGUUGCAACUUACCGAUACCAGUGUCCCACAGUUGGUCACAUGCCACUCCACAGUCAGACUGUGAAACUGAGAAACCUAAGUGAGCAUAAAUAAAUUCAUCAAUUGUUUCUAAAAUGUUUAAUUUUUAAUUGUGUAGCUAGAUUUUCUGUAUCAAAAUUUGAUAAAAUGUUUAUUACAUUUUUAAUUUCAUUUUGAAAA